ACUAUCAAAUUGCCCUUAAAUUCUCUAUUCUGAAUCUUCUCUUCUGCAAUGAGCAUAUUCAUGGUGUUAGUACCCAUACGCUGCUUUGCUAAUCAAUCUCCACCUUUCAAACGGAUUACUCUGCCCCACCGUUUGCUGAUCAGGAUAUCUAAAUGGGAAUUCGAGUAAUAUUGUUGAGAAGUGAGAACUGAGAAGCAGAACUCAGAGACUUCCAACUGCUCUCAGAAGAUGACUUGUGAAACUCUUGCGGUCACGACCUCUCUGUUUUGGCCCUCCGCUGGUCCUUCAAGAAAGCUUCACGAGCUGCAGACUCAUUCACCGGCGGCCCCUCGAGUUCGAUGCUAUUCUUCCGGUUCAGACGUUCCUCUGGCCACCGAGAAACUUGGAAAUGAUGCUUCUAUAACUGGUGGUGCAUAUGACUUCGAAAGAGCAGCAACAUCGCUUACCCAUAAAUUAUUGUCUUCACCAAAGAAGGUGACUCUUGUGAGGCAUGGCCUUAGCUCUUGGAAUGAAGAAAGUAGAGUUCAGGGAAGUUCAAAUCUGUCUAUCCUAACGGAAACAGGUAUAAUGCAAGCUGAAAGGUGUAAGAAAGGCUUAUCAAAUGUACACUUCGAUCAGUGCUUCGCAAGUCCAAUAUCCCGUGCAAAGUCCUCGGCUGAGAUAAUAUGGCAAGGGAGAGAAGAACCACUGGUUUUCCUUGAUUCGUUGAAGGAAGCUCAUUUAUUUUUUCUCGAAGGCAUGAAAAAUGUGGAUGCGAGGCAGAGAUAUCCGAAGGAGUAUACAACAUGGAGAGAAGAUCCAGUUAAUUUCAAAGUAAAUGGUGUCUAUCCUGUUCGAAGACUAUGGGGAACAGCAAAUGAGGCAUGGAAGGAGAUCUUGUUUACAGCUGGGGAGAAUUUUUUGGUGGUGACACACAAGUCAAUAUUGAGGGCGCUGAUCUGCACAGCUCUUGGACUAGGCCCAGAGAGGUUUCGAGCAAUUGACUUGAGUAAUGGUGGAAUAUCAGUAUUUAACUUCAACAAAAGAGGAGAAGCCAUGCUUCAGUCCUUGAACAUGACAGCCCACAUGUAUAGUGAUCACGUCUAUCUUUCCUGAAAUUGGUUGAUUUGUCGCAUUGGUUGCUAAAAGGAAGCCAAGUCUCUGGUCAAGGAAGCAACUAAGGAGGAAAACAAGACAAAUCCUUGAAUCAUGCUUGCCGGAUACAGAAAUGCUCUUAGCAUGAGUGGAUGCAGUAGUUUGCAUACAACAUGGAAUUUCCCUGUGUCCAAACACUGGGUUGGAGUUGCUCAUUAUUGUGUGUGAGAGAGAUAAAAUCAUGCAGCCACAUGGGAGUAGGCUAAUCAACAAUUUGGCUCUUGUUGUAGUCUUAUUUACUGUAUAGAAUUUCAACUUUGAAAUAAAGAAACUUGGAUCAGAUUGUCUAUUAACUGCUCCAACUCUUGUAAUGAUCAUGAUUUUCAUCUUUUUACAUUUUCUUUAGGAUGAAUUGAACUUUUUUAAUGAUUUCCA